UCUACUUAUUGCUUACAACAAGUUGAUGUCAAGUAACAUUAUCAGAUAUACAUCCAUCUGACAGUAGAGUUGCUAGAAGUCUUGAAAAUAGGGUCUGUUUAAGUGCACUUGCAUAAUAGUUGUCAGUUUAAUAUGUAUGGUUUUUAGGAUGGACUUGCAGGUCGUUCAAAGCAUAUUAUAUAGUUAACAUUUAUAGUCAGUUUUGAGGGUUUUUUUUAAAGUGUCCUUGCUCAAAAGAGCUGGUGGUAAAACACAGUUCUGGCAUGGAAAAGCAAUGAUUACGUGGAGAGUCAACUUUCCCAUUGAACAAAUAUUUAUUUGAUUUUUGGUCUUGAUCCUGGAGAAUCUGAGAGCCUUCUACACCUUCCAGGAUUUCCAACAUUCUGUUAGCAAGUUUAAUUUACUACUAAGACAAAACGGAAGAAUGUUCUCAAGAGGCAGAAUAGUUGCUGAGAAACACUGUGGAAAGUGUGAACAAUCGCUGUAUUCUGUGACCUGGAAAAUUUGUAUUACCUUGGAGAAGUAAUCUAUUGGAUGCAUAGGCUUGGGAACGUCUUUCCAACCUGUUUAUUGCAACGUUAAGUUCGGCAAUGUCUACCCUGUAACAUACUAUUUGGAACUGGAGAUUUCUUCUGCAAAAGGAACAUUAGGUUGCAGUUAUCUUCCAACUUCCAUAGAGCAAGGACUCCUAUCAUGGCUCUCUCUGGUUUGUAUGCAGCUUUGGGUUUAUUGUUUGGAGCAGCAGCAGCAUUUGGUCCAGUACCAAGAAUCACUUGGGAACAUAGAGAAGUACAACUGGUCCAUUUUCAGGAGCCAGAAGUGUUUAACUAUUCAACUUUAUUACUAAGUGAUGACAAAGAUGUUUUAUAUGUAGGAGCUAGAGAAGUGAUCUUUGCAUUAAAUUCAGUGAAUAUUGCUGAAAAACACCAUGAGUUGUAUUGGAAGGUCACUGAAGACAAAAAAACUAAAUGUGCGGACAAGGGCAAAUCCAAACAGACGGAGUGCCUUAACUAUGUGCGUGUCUUACAACCGCUGAAUGAUGAUGUCCUCUAUGUGUGUGGAACAAAUGCAUUUCAACCAAUCUGUGAUCAUCUGAACUUAAUGUCAUUUGAACUCCGAGGUAAAAAUGAAGAUGGUAAAGGUAGAUGUCCAUUUGACCCUGCCCAAAGCUACACAUCAGUUAUGGUUGAUGGAGAACUUUAUUCAGGAACUUCCUAUAACUUCUUGGGAAGUGAGCCUAUUAUUUCUAGAAACUCUCAUCAGAGCCCAUUGAGAACAGAAUAUGCAAUACCUUGGCUUAAUGAGCCCAGUUUUGUUUUUGCUGAUGUGAUAAGAGCAGAUCAAAACAGCACUGAAGAAGAUGAUGACAAAGUGUACUUCUUUUUCACUGAGAUGUCUGUGGAAUAUGAAUUUGUUGGAAAGCUGAUGAUUCCAAGAAUAAGUAGAGUGUGCAAGAGGGACCAAGGAGGAUUAAGGACUUUACAGAAAAAAUGGACCUCCUUUCUCAAGGCCAAAUUGAUCUGUACUACACCUGAUAAGAAUUUAAUUUUCAACAUUAUCAAUGAUGUGUUUAUUCUGAAGUCUCCAAGUCUGAAGGAACCAGUGAUUUAUGGAGUUUUUACCCCACAACUGAAUAAUAUGGGGCUGUCAGCAGUGUGUGCAUACAACUUGUCUACUGUGGAAGACGUUUUCUCCAAAGGAAAGUAUAUGCAGAGUGCCACAGUAGAACAAUCUCAUACAAAGUGGGUCCGAUACAAUGGAGAGAUUCCUAAACCUCGACCUGGAGCUUGUAUAAACAAGGAGGCAAGAGCAGCGAACUACAUGAGUUCUCUAAAUUUACCAGACAAAACCCUACAGUUUGUUAAAGAUCACCCUCUAAUGGAUGACUCGGUGACCCCGAUAGGGGACAGACCCAGAUUAAUAAAACGAGAUGUGAGGUAUACACAGAUCGUGGUAGACAGAGUCACAGCACUCAAUGGCAGCUUGUACGAUGUUAUGUUUAUUAGUACAGAUAAAGGAGCCCUGCACAAAGCUAUUAGCUAUGAAAAUGGAAUGCAUAUUAUUGAAGAAAUACAACUUUUCCCAAAUUUUGAGCCAGUUCAGACACUGUUGCUUUCAUCAAAAAAGGGCAAAAGGUAUCUCUAUGCAGGUUCCAAUUCUGGUGUGGUUCAGUCUCCCGUUGCAUUCUGUGACAAGUACAGCACUUGUGUUGACUGUGUUCUAGUUAGAGAUCCCUACUGUGCUUGGAAGUCACAUGAAGCCUCCUGUAUUAAUAUUCUUAAAGAAAAUGAAAUUGAAAGGGAUUGGAUUCAGAACAUAGGUGGUGAUGCCUCUUCCUGCCCUGAUAAAGUAAGAGAGAAUUCUCUGCAGCAUACAUUCAAGCAUGGGAGCACAGCAGAACUCAAAUGUUCUCAAAAAUCCAACCUGGCCCAGGUAGUUUGGAAAUUCAAAGAUGAUGUAUUGAAAGUUGAGAGCCCCAAGUAUCGUCUUCUGGAGAAAGCACUGCUCAUCUUCAAUUUAUCAGAAGGAGAUAGUGGUAUUUAUCAGUGUUUGUCAGAAGAAAAAGUGAAGAAUAAGAAAUUUUCUCAAGUGGUGGCUAAACAUGUUUUGGAACUGAAAAAAAUCCAGCCUAGUACAGUGGACCCAAUCCAACCAGCAGCACAGACAGAAGGUAAUACCGAUGUACCAAAAAUGUCAACUGUGCCAACAGAAGGGUCUACUGCUCAAACUUCGACCACCCAGAUUAUACCAGUAACAACAGGAAGGAUAAUAAGAGAGCCAAUCGGCCCCAUCCUUGCAAGUGCAACCUCCAACCCUGAAAUCUUCAAUUCUGUUCCUGAUGGAGUCCCUGAAAAGACAAUGUUCUUAAAGUCAAAUGAUAAUUUCCUUUUAAUAUUUCUCUUUCUGUUCUUUUUUGUUCUUUUCCUAAGUCUGUUGUCCUACAACUGUUACAAAGGCUAUUUACCAGGCCAGUGUUUAAAAUUCCGCUCUGCCAUGUUACUUGGUAAGAAAAAACCCAAAUCAGAUUUUUCUGAUUGUGAGCAAAGUGUAAAAGAAACUCUAGUGGAGCAAGGCAGUAUCCAGAACCAAACUGGAGAGCAGCCAAAGCCAGCUCAUGACACUGGAUAUGAGACUGAGCCAGAUUGUGGAAAUGGCCAGGUUCAACAUGAUGAUGAUGUCUCCUCGCAGGCUCACAAAGAAGUCAAGGACAAACCUUUUGAUGUUAAAUGUGAACUAAAAUAUGCUGACUCAGAUGCAGAGUGUGACUGAAAGAGAGAGUCCUCCACAUUAAUCAUGAAAAUAACUGUGGUUCUUACAGUUAAUUAUUUGAGCACGGAUACUUUUGGAUGUGACAACUUAGCCAUAGAGGGUUAUGUGCGCUUAAAAGAUUCAGCGUGCCAAUUUCAAACCUUGCUAGAAUAGAAAACAAUGUUCUGGUGUAUCCGAUAAUCGUAUUUCAUGGUUUUUAAAAAAUGGCUAGUUGCAGAUCACCAUGUUUUUCUGGGAUUUUUCAGAGUACUUUUAACAGUUGCAAAUGCAGUUACUGAUUUAUUUAAUCCCUUUUCUUCCAUAGAAUAAAAAUGAGACUAAUGCAAUCAGCUAAAUUAAAUACUUCCAGUCUGCACAUAUUUAAGCUGCCAUUUAAAAACAACUAAUUUCAUUUUAAUUCCAAAUUGGAAAUGAAGUUUAGUUUAUCAGAUUGGUAAAUUAUAGCAUUUUGUCCAGAUUGGGACAUUUCUUUGCUUCUAGUGAUUCUUAUUCUUAGCAUAACAUUUUGAGUCUGUUGGCAAGUUGGGUAGCUUUGAUUAGUUUAAGAAUUAAUUUUUAAAAAUUGCUGUUUGUGUACCUUGUAGAAUUAAAUGUACAUUGGGAAAGAGCUGGUUUGAUUUGCGUAAGAUUCUCAGGGAUAAUCUUUGCUUUAAGUGCUAUCUUUUUGCUUUCUAGAAAUUUAGGUACAACAGUCAUUCGAGUAGAUGAUGUUAUUUUUUUUCGGGAUUGCAGGAGCAUAGGUAAGAUUUAAAAAAAAACUCCAACAAGAUGGACACCAUCGCAUUCUGUUGCUAUAUAAAACUGGAUUUUUUUUUUUUUUAAAGUGAAAUGGCACAGGAAGCAGCUGUCACUUAGCCAUGCCACUCAGAGAGGCUUUUGCACUGUGGGACCAAUACAGAAUUUAUUAGAAGAAUUUGAUGUAAUAAUUGGAUGGGGUAAACUUGCUGCAGUUGAUAGCUAGACAAGACAAUAUUGCAGUUUUAUACUAAAAAGUAACUGAACUUCUCUUUAAUAACAAAGUCUUUGCAAUUUUUCACUAUUUCUGGUUAACUUCUACCAAUCUCGUAUGCAACUGGAGACUGAAACUGGAGUUGCUCAAAAGAAUUGGUUAGCUGAAUUGUCACAUGACUCAUGCCUGCAAGUGAAAAAGUACAAGCAUUCUAAACCUGGUUCACAGUGGCACUAUUUGUCUGUAAAAGUUUUUUGUGCGGUACAGUUCUUUAAGAAUUGUUUCUUCCAUAGUGUCUUUCUGUAAAUGUUGUUAGAAAUAGAAUUGUCAUAGUAAAUAGCAGUAUGCCCAGGCUUCUUUUUUGUUGUUGUUUUUGUUGACCUCUCAUUCAAACAUAAUAUAAUUUAGAUCAUCUUAGUGUAAACAGUUUAUAUUUUAUAAGAUUCAGUUUGGUUUUAUUUUUCUAUUUUUAAUUAUGUACAUAUGAAAAGCAACAGAAUAAAUAUUAAAAUAAGUUGUAUUAUAUCCUUGACUUUCAUCCAAUGUACAUAGUGAAACCACUUUAAAUAUUGUAAAGCCUUACGUUUUGCUUUUCUUUAAUGAGACUUCUGUAAUGAAUUUCACAUAGGUUUUCUCUUCAGCUUUAAAUUCAUAGGGGGUAGAGAGUGAAUAGAGCUCAUUUCUAGGAAUCUAGUGAUUUUCAUUUGUCAUCCUUCUAAAACUCAUUUGUCCUUUUUGCAUUAUUUCUUCGGUGUAUUAUGUAUUUCUUAAAACCUUUUUCCUUAGUGCCCUCUUUUUUCUUUUCUGUCCUCUUCUGUCACACAGCCUCAUCUUCUAUACCUUUCCCUCCUACUGGUACCUCCUUUUUGUCCUGUGUGGGAAGUGAUUCACCUCCUUCACCCACCAAUACCAUGCCUGAUGUUUGGUCUAGCACAGAGCUUGUAAUGGUCAUGUUGUUACCACCUUUCCUAAGUGACCAGGCACAGCAUGUUAGUGUCCAUGGAACCUUUCACCUCUUCUGUCAAGCCACUGGUAAGUAAGAAGACCCUCUGUAAACCAACACUUUCUUCAUUGCAUAUUUUGUAUCCAUCUCCAUGUCCUGAUUAAUAAAUGGGAUGUAGAAGUCUAAGGAUCUGUCCUGAAAUCAGUGGCUGCAGAGGCUGUUUAGUAGCUUUCAGGAUUAGGCCUGAAUUCUGUACUGUAAAUACUUCAGCCUUAGCUCAGCAAGAUACUUAAGCAUGCGCUUAUCAUUAAGCAUGUAAUAGUCCCUUGCCUUGAAUUAAAUUAUUCAUGUGCUUAAGUAGUUUGCUGAAUCGUGGCUUUACAUAUGUAAACUUACUCAUAUGAAUAAACAUUUUCAGAAG